AUGACUGAGAAGGCACUUUUCGUCAUCGGCCUGACUCCACUAUGCGCAGCCAUUUUGGCCGUCCAGAAAAACGAAAUUCGAACAGUUGACUUGUUGGACGGGUUAUGGACAUUUGUGAAGGAGCCCAUGAACUCAGACGAUGUCGGAUUGAAGCGACUGUGGUACACAAUGGAUUUAUCGAAGUUUUUAAAUGCAACCAUGAUGCCAGUACCGUCGGCUUACAAUGAUCUUUCGGCUAGCGCCGAACUACGGGAUCACGUCGGUUGGGUGUGGUAUCAGACGGCGAUCAUCGUCCGCCAACGCGACAUCGGUGAACGAAUCGUUCUCCGAUUCGGCAGCGUCAACUACUACGCAAAAGUGUAUUUUAAUGCGAAGGAGGUUGGAUCACAUGUUGGUGGGCACUUACCUUUCGAAUUCGACGUCACGUCGCUGACAGUUUUCGGUGUUGAAAACAGGCUUACUGUCGCUGUGAAUAACACGCUGUCGUGGUUUACAAUCCCUCAGGGUGACUUCAUCUAUAUGGCCGACAGUACUCGUAACGUCAAAGGCAAGAAUAUAUCCCGUACGCCCGAUGGAGCAUUCAAAAACAUCGGCAAUUUCGACUUCUUCAACUACGCUGGUAUUCUAAGAUCAGUGUAUCUGUUGAAAUUGCCUCAGAGUUAUAUAGUUGAUAUACGAAUAAACGCUGAACAUUUAGGAUCAUUUUCUUAUGAGGUCGUUCUGAAUCAGAAUCGUUCCGAUGAAGAUGUUUUUGUGCAUAUGUUUGAUCCAGACAGAAAUCUGGUUUUCUCGGCACGAGGUCUAGAGCAGAAAGGACUCCUGAAAACAGUGCGGCCGUGGUGGCCACGUGGUAUUGGGAAACCGGAUCUCUAUACUUUGGAAGUGGAGCUGGUCGUACCACUGGAACAAUUACGACUUGACAUCUAUCGCAAAACAUUCGGAUUUCGUACCGUUGGCUGGACGAACCGUCAACUUCUCAUAAAUGACAAACCAUUUUACUGCCUCGGUUUCGGAAUGCAUGAAGAUUUUGAGGUACAUGGACGCGGUUUCAACGUUGUAGUGAUGACAAAGGAUCUGAACUUGCUUGAAUGGACGGGUGGCAACUGCUACCGUACCACGCACUACCCGUAUGCUGAGGAACGAAUGGCGGAAAAUGAUCGUCGUGGCAUUGUGGUUAUUGCAGAGACACCUGCUGUUGGGCUCAAAGGUUUCUCAAAGGAAAACAAUCUUCUGCAUAUGAAAAUGUUGAAGGAGCUUAUCGGACGUGACGGAUCACAUCCAUCAGUGAUUAUGUGGAGCCUAGCAAAUGAACCGAGAACCGACAAAAAAGAAUCUAGAAUAUACUUCAAACAUCUUGUCCAGCACGCCCAUGAUUUAGAUAAAACUCGUCCGGUAACAAUCGUCUUUGGACCAAGUAACUUUGAAAACGAUCAAACGGCUGAUCUACUCGAUAUAAUUUGUGUGAAUCGAUAUUACGGUUGGUAUAUCAACAUAGGUGAGCUCGACUGGAUCAAUCAAAGUGUCUAUUGGGAUAUUUCGCAAUGGUCGGAAAAGUACAAAAGACCAGUUCUAGUCACCGAGUAUGGCGCCGAAAGCUUGCCAGGAUUGAAUCAGGAACCAUCAGUGAGUUUCUCUGAACAAUAUCAAAAUGAACUCAUUAUUCGGACACAUCAAGCAUUCGACGCCCUUAGAAACUCUCAUAUUCUCGCCGGCGAAAUGAUUUGGAACUUCGCGGAUUUCAUGACUGGAAUGACAACAAGUCGAGCCGUGGGAAAUCACAAAGGUAUCUUCACAAGGACUCGACAAGCAAAAAUGGCUGCAUAUACGCUUAGAGACCGCUACCUAGCGCUCUUCAAUCAGACAAAUCUGGAGCUUUGGGAAUAA